CCCUCACCAUUCUUUUAUCUCCUUCCAGCAGAUCCUAUUCCAACCCACGCACCCCGCCGUCUUGGAAAAACCUCGCGAGCUUACAAAAAAAAUAGUAGUUUAUUGCUUCUCGCCUUCUCCCUGAGUAUCGUACCGGAGCUUAAAAAGUCCAUUCACAUUCGAAUUUUCCCAGUGGAUGGAGCAAGGUGAUUGCAGAGAUUCAAUGAAGAUUCGGAAGAGAAAAUCACCAGAAAAUGAAGAAGGUUUGGGAUUGCCAUUGGACGAGCUCAAUCAAGACCUCCUCGAGAGGGUUCUUUCAUGGCUGCCCACAUCUACCUUCUUCCGCCUUGGUUCAGUCAGUAAGAGAUGGAAAUCCACAGCAGCCUCCGCCACCUUCCGCCUCGCCUGCUCCCAAAUUCCCCGCCGAGAACCCUGGUUUUUCAUGGUUGAUUCCCACCUCCACCACCAAUGGACUGUCUUCGACUCCGCCGAAUGGAACUGGAAGAACCUCCACCAUCCACCUCUCCUCCACCAAAAUUCCUGCCGGAAUUUCAUUCCUGUUGCUGCAUCUGGUGGCUUGAUCUGUUUCCGAAGUGAAUCCGGCGAUUUCGUUGUUUGCAAUCCUGUGACCGGAUCCAGUAGGGAACUGCCAAAACUGGAUCGACCCCGACAAUCUCUACAAGCAAUUGCAAUGACUUCCUCCAAAAGAUACCAUUCCCAACCCUCCUACAAGCUUGUUUUAGUCAUGGGUGAACAUCCAAAUCUCUCAUUCAAAGAAUACAAUUCCAGCACGAAUUGCUGGGGCGGAGAGAGAAUUCUACACAGAAAAACUGACUCCUCCUCUGCCGAACACGACACAAACAGUGACCACACGGCUUAUUUCAUCAGCAAGGGAGGCGAUGUACUAGUAACUGACAUCCAUAGAAGCCCAUCUAAGCAGUACUCAUCCGUAAUCACUCUAGAAAAAGGCAACGAGGAGGUGAUCUAUUUUUUUAGCUCCGAGGGAACAAUUGUGGCCUGCAAUCUCACCCAGAAUUUCUUCUUCGAAUACCCGAGGCUGUUGCCGGUUUUUUACGAGUACUCCAUUGAUCUGGUUGAGUGUGGAGGAGAGAUGUUUGUGGUUGUGCUAUCAGAUUUUUUAGAAAGCUCGAGCUUGAGAGUGUGGAAGUUCAAUGAGUGUGUUCAGACUUGGAAUCAAAUUGCGGCAAUGCCGCCGGCAAUGUCGCACCAGUUCCAUGGCAAGAAGGUGGAUAUAAACUGCACGGGGGCCGGCGGCAACCAAAUCUUAGUAUGCAUCAACUCUGGCGAGGUUUGUUGCUAUGUUUUUGGUGAUUUGGUGGCGAAUGAGUGGAUUGAAUUACCCAGUUCUUGUAUGAAUGGUAAAUCCAAUGAUUACAUGUCUGCAUUUUGUUUCGAGCCCAGGAUUGAAGCUCUUGUAUGAAAGAAAAAAAAAACCUAGACAUGAAGGGAUAUGAAACUGGAUUUUUUUUUUCUUUUCUUUUCUUUUUGGUUGGUGACAUUUUGCACCAUAAAGAAUUUAGAAAUCUCCCUUUUCCGCUUGGAAU